GAUUUAACAUUAAAUUUACUUUUUUCGCGAUAGUAUUUCUGUUAUAAUAAAAUCUAAAUUUCGUUUUAAUAGUAAUUUCAAUACUUGAUAAGAUCUGAAUAAUAUUUCUGACGUGAUGCAUCUGCAGAAAAAGAAUCUCUUGAUAUUUGUAUGGUCAUUAUCUCUAUUACGGGGGGUUGAAAUUCUCCUCGGCACACCAUAAAACUCGAUAGCCUACCGCGCUCAAACAAUGUAACAUUUUUUUUUUAUUAUUUAAUUUGUACUUUACAAUUUGUCCAGCUGGGCAUUUGGUAAAUUUUUCUAGCUUAAUUGCUAAAUAACAUGUGGAUGGCUACCCCCAGCGGAAUACCAUCUUCGAGUUUGACUAUUUUAUUUCUUUAGUAAGGUCAGCGGGGUGUUUUCUUUUUAGUCUUUUUUCUAUGAGAGUUUUGCUCGCUUCAGCAGCCAGCUAGUUUGGAUGUAUUGUCGUUCUUUUUUGCCUUGUUGUUCUGCCUUGUUUUUUCUGCGUACCUGCCAAUUUCUUCUUUGAUCGUUGGUAGUUUUAAGUCUUUGCGUAUAUCCUCGUAACAAUUAACAUGAUCCAAUGUCAGACAUGUUUGAGACAAAGUAUGUAAAUACAAAUUCAAAAAUAAAACUUCUUUAUUUUUUACUUUUUCUAAAUUAAACUUCUAUCAACGUGUGUGUGAGAUCUUUCUGAAUAAAAUAAAACCAAAUACGAUAUACUUUGAAUUACAUUUCCUGAUUGAUAUGUAUUCAAUUUUUAUUUAUUAAAUAAGCAAGUGUGCUCUAAAUUAUAUCGUGUUUGAUUUUAUUUUAAUUAGAAAAAUAUAACAAGUAUGGUGGUAAAAGUUUCAUUUAUCACUGUUUAUUCCCCGUGGUUGAUCGAAUGUUGUGAUUUUUCGAGGUUGGUUGGCGUUUGCAUCGUUUUGUGCCGACUAAUAAAACUAAUUAGCUAGAAGAAUUUGUUGGAAAUAGCUAUUGAAAUGAUUGCUAAAGACUAGAAAUGAUAAGUACAGUAACGUUAACGGGAAUCAAUUUGAGAUGACAAGUAACUAUUAGCCUAUGGGCCUUUAUAUGUUUCCGAAAGUUUCGUCUUUCAACUCCGUCAAUGUCAUCCUCAAUGUCAUUUUCUAAAUUCGGCAUGUCUAAGAUAUCAAUUUUCAGAAAUAGAAUCGUUUUUACAUCUGUAUAAUUGAAAAACUUGUUUUUUUUUUUAUUUUUAGUUUGUGCUUUAUGAUUUGUCCAGCUGGACAUUUGGUAAAUUUUUCUUAGUUCAUUACUAAAUAACACGUGGAUGGCUAGACGUUUUGUGAAAAGUGGUUUCCAUUUUCGUAGUGUAAAUGUAAUAUGGUUGCAUUUACUGCGGUUUGCUUUUAUUUGUUUACAGCCAUUUUUCUAUUUUUGUGAUAUGGUUUUGUAGUAAUAUUUUUAUUUAUUAUUUAAUUUGUACUUUACAAUUUAUCCAACUGGACAUUCGGUAAAUCUGUAGUAAUGUUCUUAUUCUUUUUUUUUAAUUAUUUAAUUUGUACUUUACAAUUUGUCCAGCUGGACAUUCGGUAAACGUCCUGGAAUAUCAGAAUUUGGCUCUUGGUAGUUGUUGGUAUGUUGACCGUGUAAAGUAUAUAUAAUAUUGGUCCCAAGACGCUUCCUUGCGGUACCCCCUCCUUGAAGUCUUUAACUUCAGAGUAACGUCCUUUAUUUUUAUUAACAAGGUUCCAUUGCUUAAGUGUGAUUUGAAUAAGUGAAAGGUUUGUUCCGGGAAAUGUUUUCUUGUUUGUUUGUAAGAGGCUUUUAUAAAAGUAUUUCGUAGGAAAGUAUUGAAUUCUUAAAAUUGCAUUGAACAUUAUUGUCAUUUUUUUGUUUUGUUUUUAGGGGAAGGUUUUUUAAGAUUUUACCAUUGAUUAGGUCGAUUCCUGGCGCUUGAUUAUGAUUCUAAUUUCUCGUGCUGUUGUACUAGGUAUGAUGUAGUGCUUGUUAGUUGAGGUACUAGUAUUUCGCGCGUCUAUGUCUGUAUGACAUUUGGAAUUAGUGUUGUUAAUAUUAUAUGGAGUAAAUGUAUCACAAAGGUGGUUGGAAAAUUCUUCAACUCGCUCUUCGUUGCUUCUGGUCCAUGUGUUGACUGUUUUUCUGAUUACUUUCCACAGGGAGUAGUUGGUAUUCUCGUGCGCAAAACUUGUGUCUUGAAAUUCUUGCAAUUAAUACAGAUUUCCGUAUCCGUUAUAUAUAUAAGAAUAUGUUAUUUGGAAUCAUGCCCUCCAUCACAUAUUUAAAAAAAUUACCAUCGAAAUCGAGGACAUUGAGUUCGAUUUGUGCAUUUGCUCAAACUUGUUCUGUAUCAAUAGAAUUACGAAUAUAAUACGUUUCCUAAUUAAAUGAGAUACAAAAUACGGGACAAAUAUGUAAGCGAAUUCAAGAGAAUAUAAUUUAGAUAUUAUUAUAAACGCAUAUCGAUUUAUUCAAAAAGCCACGUUUAACUAGGAUGGUAGAAUAUGCGCAAGAUAGUCUAUUCCAUUCACUCGCUGAAUAAUUCUACAAAGAAUGCCCGAAUACGUUACGCAUCGCAAUUUCUAAAUGUUGGGGCCUGCCAGCCUGCGAUGUCGUAUGGCUCCUGAGAUCCCUGGCAAAUUAUGCCGAUCCAAGGACAUUUGCUUCAAUGUAUUUAUAUGUAGCUGUUUCGAUUGGGAGGCUAAACCGGCCCAAUCACGUGAAAAAUAGAUUCUAUACAAAUACCAUUACUUACAUCUGUACCUAUACUUACACCUACAAGAACCGUUCCCACUAAAGCUAGAUUCAAGCGCCUCGAAGGCCUAUUUGGCUAGAACUAGCCAACACUUUACACUAGCACUUUACAAAGACCCGGCAAGAGACCUUUCCCUUUCCGUAUCCCUAGUCCUUGCCGCCAUCAAGUUAUUACCACGUUAUUGUUUCUGCUUGUUAGUUGUCAGUUUAUAAACUUAUUCCAAUUAGCAACCAAAAUUUAUUCGAAUGACGAAUAACAAAAAGAGAAUAAACAAUGAAUACAUAAUUAUCAUUAAACACAGCCACCCCGCAGACCUCACAAAGGAUAUAACUUAACAAACACGAAGAUCUCGCUGGGUGUAGCCACCCACAUGAUAAUCAAACAGUUAAAAAAUUCUAUCAAAUGUCCAAAUUGGACAAAUUGAGAACGUAAAGAAUUAAAUAAAUAAUAAAAAAAUUAAACACUUAAUAUCAUAAUGAUGAAAAAGUACAUGUAUUUAGUUGCUAAUAUUUGACAGAAAUCCAAAAUUUAAUGAUUUCAUUUACGCGUUUCAACAUUUCCAAAACAGUUUUUUUGUUUUUUGAUUAUUAUUCAAUCAUCCGAAAAAUAGGGGUGGUUACAAUUGAAUCAGUGACGCGAGUAAUGUGACGCGGUAGUGGCUUCUCUUUUAAGAUUUAUAUUGCCUUUGUAUCAGUGAGACAAUAUCAAUACAAUAAUGUAACUUCUUUAUCUUUGACUUUUUGUUAAUAAAAAUUCCAUUAACAUAUUGGCAAGACUUCCUCGAUUAAAAUGAGACCAAACACGAUAUUAUUAUAAAAUUCGGCUAUGUUUUAUUCAUAUUGUGCUUAUGAAUCUUCCUUGAACAUACUUGUCGCAAUACAGUAUCCAGCUACUUCUUAGCUCCUAGGAUAUAAGCUGAGGACCUAAGCCUUAGGCCUUAAGAUUUACACUCGUUUAGUGGACAAUAUAAAUAGACGUGAACAUGAUACACCAUAGUACACUGUCUUUUCUCUUCUUUCUUUCUCUUUUUUGUGCAAUUAACGUGCUAAUAUACGUGUAAUUAUUUAUAUUAUUAAGCAUGUAAACCAAAGACAGUCCCUAGGUACCUCGAGAGUAACUCAGAAAGAGAGGUGUUGUCCGUGAGCAAUCCAUUAAGCAUCUCUGUGUUAAGUUAUCAAUUUUAAUAUGUAUGAUCCUCCUAAUAUUAACUAUAGAUUAAAAUUCAGAGAAUUAAUAAGCUUUACUCAGUAAUAAAAGUAAGAUGUAUAAAAGUCGUGGAUCACAAAUUAAUCAUGACAUCAAAUCUUAUCUGUAGUUAACUUGUUCUUCUGCUUUUCUCAUUUUUGUAAAUAAACACGUAUGCAAACCAGAUACAUCAUGUCAGAAAUAUUAUUCGCAGUCUAUCAACUAAUGAAAUUAUUAUUAAAAUGAAAUUUAGGUUUUAUUAUAACAAAAACAUUAUCGCGAGGAAAGUAAAUUUAAUGUUAAAUUUAAAAAGCUAUCUUGUAUAGAGAAUUACAUUAUUACAUCAUUCCACUAAUCUAUUAUCGUUUGAAAGGAAAGAUUUUCUUUCCUUUUCUAAAAAAAAAUGUAAUAAACAAUUUAUUUGUUUUCCCGAGGCAACGAAGUUUAAUUAGUGCGCGAUCUUGUUAUUUUCAUACUUGUCUAUCUCGCAUAGAGAAGUGUGAAUUUUUUCGUAGAACUGUAUAAUGAAAUAGGCUCUUGUAACCUGGAAUCACAGUGAGUAUACAUCAUUUGUGGUAGGAGUAGGUUCUAAGGGGGUAAGUAGGUUCUUGUAUAUGCUAGCAUAUACGACUUCAGCACUUAGCCGUAUGGUGCAGCACCUGUAUUGUGGAACAACUAAAACAAUGGGCAUGAGCAGAUCACUGCCCCUCUACAAUGGUUCAUAAGGCGUUCGUUCCUGAGUUUGUUUCCGCUUAGUUGGGAAGAGCUUCCUGAAGUUACAAUAUUUGAGGUACAAAGUAGUUUAGUGAAGUUAAGUUGGAAACUAAUUACAAACAUUCAAGAUAGGAAGAAUAACUUAAUAAUGGACGAACAGCCGUACUGUAACAAAUCCAACGCAAGAUACAAUGAACGACCAAAUAAUUAUCAACAUAAUACCUUUAGAAAAGGAGAGCGGUAUCCAAAUUUCCCUCGCAAUAAUUACAAUAUACGAUAUGACCAAUCUGUAAUUCAAAUCGGUACCGAAAAAGUUGGAAGACUUAUUGGCAGAAGUGGAAGUAAUAUUAGACAAUUACAAGAUAGAACAAAUACGAGAAUUCACGUUGAGAGAUCAAGUACAAACUAUACAACAGCUGUAACCAUUGUUGGAACUAAAGAAGCACAACAACAAGCAAUAUGUUUGAUAGAAGAGUCAUUAAAAGAUACUGUUAGAACAACAGAGCCAGAAUAUAGGCAAAGGGAUUAUGGGCAAAAGGAAAAUGAACAAAAGGAAAAUGAGCAAAAGGAAAAUGAACAAGGGGAAAAUAAACAGGAUGAUAUACCGAAAUUUCUUGAUCUUGAUUGGCAACAAAUAAGCAAGGAUCAUGAUGAAUACCACAGACAAAAGUGGGCAAACUGUACUCCUAUUGUUAAAAAUUUUUACAAAGAGGAUCCAAUAAUUGCUAAUUUGACAUCAGAGCAAGUAGAUGCCUUUCGAAAGGAAAACAAUAAUAUAGAAGUGCACGUUAUGCUUGAAAAAGAAGAAAAUGCUUCUGAAGUAUUAAGUAUACCCAACCCUAUCGAAACAUUUGAACAGGCCUUUCAAGAUUACUCUGAAAUACUUGAAGAAAUUAGAAAACAAAAAUUUGUUCAACCAAGCCCAAUACAGUGUCAAGCAUGGCCUAUUCUUCUUAGUGGCAGAGACCUUAUUGGCAUUGCGCAAACAGGGACAGGGAAAACUUUGGCAUUUCUACUGCCUGCUUUAAUCCAUAUCGAAGGCCAGACAACACCGAGAUCAGAGCGGAAAGGACCAACUGUCCUUGUUCUAGCACCUACCAGAGAGCUAGCUUUGCAAAUUGAGAAAGAAGUAAACAAAUAUUCCUAUCAUGGUAUAAAGGCGGUAUGUGUAUAUGGAGGCGGAUGUCGUAAAAAACAAGUUACUAUGGUAACAGAAGGUGUAGAAAUAGUUAUUGCUACACCUGGUAGACUAAAUGAUCUUGUACGCAUGAAGGUUUUAAAUGUUUCUUCCGUUUCAUACCUUGUCUUAGACGAAGCUGAUCGUAUGCUUGAUAUGGGAUUUGAACCACAAAUUAGAAAAGCUUUAAUAGACAUAAGGCCAGAUAGACAAACUGUUAUGACGAGCGCCACAUGGCCGAUAAGUGUCAGACGUUUAGCGAAAUCGUAUAUGAAAAAUCCAAUCCAAGUAUAUGUUGGAUCGUUGGACUUAGUUGCUGUACAUACAGUGAUGCAGAAGAUUUGUAUUAUUGAUGAAAGUGAUAAGACUGAUAUGAUGCAUCAAUUCUUUCGCGACAUGGCACCGAAUGAUAAAGUAAUAGUAUUUUUUGCAAAAAAAGCUAAGGUAGAUGAUGUAGCGAGUGAUUUAGCUUUGAUGUCUGUUAAUUGUUCAAGUAUACAUGGCGGAAGAGAACAAGCUGAUAGAGAACAGGCAUUAGAGGAAUUAAAAACUGGAGAGGCUAGAAUAUUAUUGGCGACAGAUGUCGCCAGUAGAGGAAUCGAUAUUGAGGAUAUUACGCAUGUUUUAAAUUUUGAUUUUCCACGGGAUAUAGAAGAAUAUGUUCACCGUGUUGGACGUACUGGCCGAGCUGGUCGUACUGGCGAGAGUAUUACUUACAUGACUCGGAGCGACUGGUCUCACGCGAGAGAACUAAUUAAUAUUUUAGAAGAGGCUAAUCAAGUAGUACCUGAAGAAUUAUACCACAUGGCCGAUAGAUAUGAAGUAUGGAAGGAGAAGCGAGCCGUAAGACGCUCCGACCGAAACAGAAGAGGAGGAGGAGGUUGGAGAAGAUGGUUUUAGUCUGGAAAGCUACCUACAUUUAUACAGUUCCUAUUCACUCAGGUUAAGUUAUAAUUAUUAAGUAUAUAUAUGUAAGAAAAACAGAAAUAUAUACAUUUUUUUUUAUGGAAUGUACAUGUAUUAAAUCGAUAAUUAUUAUUUUAAGGUAAUUUAAGGAAACUUUUAUAACAUGCGUUAUCGUGUUGAAGAAGCGUAUUGAUAUAAUAAGUAUAUAUAUCUAACAAAAACAAAUACAGAAUUAUAUAAAUUUUUUUUUUAUUGAAUGUAAAUGUAUUAAAUUGAUAAUUAUAUCGAAAUUAAGGACACUUUUAUAACAUGCGGCUAUUUUGCAGAAGUAUUAAUUGUUUAUAUUUUGGAUAUAAAUUAAAUAAAAAUAUAAAUUACAUACAAGAUUAUUAUUGUUAUUAUUGUUAUAUGUAUGAAAUAUUGAUAUGCUAUAUUUUAUUU